CUCGCGGCCUGAGCCCCCACCGCCCCGGGCAGGCCCAGCUCCACCGCAGCGCAGGCGGUCAGUGCGCAGCCCAGGCGCCCGCCUGGAGCGCGGAGCCGGAGCUCCAUCGCGGGCUCGGACAGAACCAUCCCGGUCGCCGCCAGCCAGGGGCCAUGCUGUUGCUCCUGCUGGGCCUGCUAAGCCCGGUUGCCUGCUGGGCACUGGGCCUGGCCGCUGACCCAGGCUCCUCAGAGCUGCGCUCAGCCUUCUCGGCUGCACGCACAACACCCCUGGAGGGCACUUCAGAGAUGGCAGUGACCUUCGACAAGGUGUACGUAAACAUCGGAGGCGACUUCGACGCAGCCACCGGGCAGUUCCGCUGCCGCGUGCCGGGCGCCUACUUCUUUUCCUUUACUGCCGGUAAGGCCCCGCACAAGAGCCUGUCGGUGAUGCUGGUGCGCAACCGCGACGAGGUGCAGGCUCUGGCCUUCGACGAGCAGCGGCGUCCAGGCGCCCGGCGCGCUGCCAGCCAGAGCGCCAUGCUGCAGCUCGACUACGGUGACAUGGUGUGGCUGCGGCUCCAUGGUGCGCCGCAGUACGCUCUCGGCGCGCCGGGCGCCACCUUCAGCGGCUACUUGGUGUACGCCGACGCUGAUGCCGACGCGCCUGCGCGCGGGCCGCCCGCGCCCCCCGAGCCACGCUCUGCCUUCUCGGCGGCGCGCACGCACAGCCUGGUGGGCUCGGACGCGGGCCCUGGGCCGCGGCACCGGCCGCUCGCCUUUGACACCGAGCUGGUCAACAUUGGCGGUGACUUCGACGCGGCGGCCGGCGUGUUCCGCUGCCGCCUGCCCGGCGCCUACUACUUCUCCUUCACGCUGGGCAAGCUCCCGCGCAAGACGCUCUCGGUGAAGCUGAUGAAGAACCGCGACGAGGUGCAGGCCAUGAUCUACGACGACGGCGCGUCGAGGCGCCGCGAGAUGCAGAGCCAGAGUGUGAUGCUGGCCCUGCGGCGUGGCGACGCGGUCUGGCUGCUCAGCCACGACCAUGAUGGCUACGGUGCCUACAGCAACCACGGCAAGUACAUCACCUUCUCCGGCUUCCUGGUGUACCCCGAUCUCACCCCCUCUGGCCCGCCGGGACUCGGGCCCCCGGAGCUCUGAGCCCCGACCGAUCCCAGAGGAGCCCCGGAGGGCCAAGGGGCGUGCAUGCCGAGCCGGACCGCGGCCCGAACGCCCCACCGGCGCGAGCAUGACGGCCUGCCCAGCGCGGCUGGACUCUGCCAAUAAAGUGGGCCUGCGCCGGCCAGCCCAAGAGUCUG